AUGUUGGGGCUAGUAAGAAUGAACACCUUCCAUAUGAUGGGCAUGUGGAGUGGACUAGCAGCAUGUACGAGGCAGAAUUUUUCUCAAACGACCAGCAAGUAUACAGUUGUUGUAGAGCGCUGUUGGCAAAUUCCACUAUCUAAAGAAGGUAGCCCACCCCGACUCAAUCCACGACGUCAUCGUGUGUACCGAUUUGUUGAGGACACCAAGCAUGGUUCUAAAGAGAAAAUGGAGCUAAUUCUUACACAGUCGGUGGCUAAGCUUGGAGGACGGGGUGAUGCUGUGUCUGUUGCUAAAUCGGUGGGCCGCAACAAGCUGUUACCUCAUGGCCUGGCGGUGUACCCGUCGCCCGAGAACUUGGAAAUGUUUGCAGAAGAAAAAAGACAACUGCGGGAGGGAAAGCCAGAGGACAGGAUUCAGACUAGCACAGGACAACGGACUGUGGAGUUCCUGAGGAAUGCCAAGCUUGUAAUUCCUCUUCACACAUCCAUGGACUAUCAUAUAUCAAAAGAAAUUGUCUGCAGGUAUUUCCAUAAAGAGCUUGGAGUUGUAGUACCAACUCAUGCCCUGACGCUACCAGAUCAGCCAGUCACCAAAGGCGGAGAGACCUGGUGUGAGGUGACUGUGAAUGGGGUCGACACUGUCCGUAUUCCUAUAUUAGUUGAGUCUCACGAGGACUUUACACCCAGACGCCAGAAGAGACGGGGACAACAACAGAGUCCUGAUACAAGAGAGGAUGGGUCUCCGCUUUCUGACGAAAACCAGAAUGCAUAAACAAUAGCAUGAACAGAGAAAUUGACUUUUUAUGUGCAAAGAACACAACCUGGACAUUAGAAACUAUGAAA